GUCGCUGCAGCGCCCUCGCCGGCCUCCCGGGACCUCAGCAGAGCGGCCGCUGGAAGAGUGGCGCCGGGCGGACUCCGCGGGACUGGCUCGGCGCACCCGCCCACCUCCCCUCACCCUGGGACUGGUCCAACGGGCGCUCCUCCAAGCGGAGCCUUGGAGGGCAAGGCCGGCACCAUUACCUCCAACGAGUGGAGCUCUCCCAACUCCCCCGAGGGGAGCAACGUCUCUGGGGGCAGCCAGGCUUUGGACAAGCCCAUUGACAAUGACGCAGAGGGCGUGUGGAGCCCCGACAUCGAGCAGAGCUUCCAGGAGGCCCUGGCCAUCUACCCGCCCUGCGGUCGGCGCAAGAUCAUCCUAUCGGAUGAGGGCAAGAUGUACGGUCGGAAUGAGCUGAUCGCCCGCUACAUCAAGCUCCGCACCGGAAAGACCCGCACCAGGAAGCAGGUGUCCAGCCACAUCCAGGUGCUGGCUCGGCGAAAAGCCCGUGAGAUCCAGGCCAAGCUAAAGGAUCAGGCAGCUAAGGACAAGGCCCUGCAGAGCAUGGCUACCAUGUCGUCCGCCCAGAUCAUCUCCGCCUCAGCCUUCCACAAUAAAAUGGCCCUCGCCCGGGGCUCAGGCUACCCGGCAGUCUCAGGGUUCUGGCAAGGAGCUUUACCGGGCCAAGCUGGAACGUCCCACGAUGUGAAACCUUUCUCUCAGCAAACCUACACUGUCCAGCCGUCGCUGCCUCUGCCAGGGUUCGAGUCUCCCUCAGGACACACCCCGUCGCCCUCCGCACCCCCGGCACCCCCAUGGCAGGGCCGCAGUGUGGCCAGUUCCAAGCUCUGGAUGUUGGAGUUCUCUGCCUUCCUGGAGCGGCAGCAAGACCCCGACACGUACAACAAGCACUUGUUUGUGCACAUCGGCCAGUCGAGCCCCAGCUACAGCGACCCCUACCUCGAAGCCGUGGACAUCCGCCAGAUCUACGACAAGUUCCCUGAGAAGAAGGGCGGCCUCAAGGAGCUCUUUGAGCGGGGCCCCUCCAAUGCCUUUUUCCUCGUGAAGUUCUGGGCAGACCUCAACACCAACAUUGAGGACGAGGGCAGCUCCUUCUACGGCGUCUCCAGCCAGUACGAGAGCCCCGAGAACAUGAUCAUCACCUGCUCCACCAAGGUCUGCUCCUUCGGCAAGCAGGUGGUGGAGAAAGUGGAGACCGAGUACGCGCGCUAUGAGAACGGCCAUUACUCCUACCGCAUCCACCGGUCCCCGCUGUGUGAGUACAUGGUCAACUUCAUCCACAAGCUGAAGCACCUGCCCGAGAAGUACAUGAUGAACAGCGUGCUGGAGAACUUCACCAUCCUGCAGAUUCCCCUCCAGAGGCCCAGCCGAGAACUUUUGAAGUUUGGCACGAUCCUCUCCUCCUGCUUUUCCUCUUCAGUAACUACUUUGCUGACUUCUUUCCAAUUUCUCUCGCUAAAUCCCCCCUGAUCCUGAUGUAGACACUGUGUGGCGGGUGUAGGCCAAAGAGCGCUUGGAGAUUGUUGGGGAGAUGCAGACUUUAAACUGAUUAUGGGUCGGCACCUUCCCCCCCCCCCCCCCCCCGCUAGCUGACGUGAGAUCACUUUCAAGUGACUUGCUCAAGGUUACGCAGUCAGGGAGUAGACUCUGGGAUCCGAAGCCAGCCACAGGACGUGUAAGACCACACGCUGCUUUAGCUGUAGAAAACCAAGCAUCCCCGGAAGAUGCCAUUCCGUCCAUCCCACCCAGGGCCCCCUUGCAUCUUGACGGACUGCCCCAGCCCCGCUCCUGGAGGCACAUUAAAGCAAGUCUCACAUGCCUGCCGCGGGGAAUGGCCGGGCCCCUCCCCACAUGCAACAGGCCCACUUGCUCUUUCUCUUCAUCUCGCUGAAUCCUGGAUUCCUGGCCAUGGUCCCUGGCUUUGAUAUUUGUUUCUGCUCGCUCAGGUUUGGCAACUCGUCACAUUCCCCUUGUAGCUUUUCAGGCCUCGGGUUUUCUCCCUCACCCUCUGCUCUGUGCCUGCCUCUGGUUUCUGUCUUCCCUCUGGCCUGGGGUCUGAGAACCCCAAGACUGGGCCAGAGAUGGAAGUGGCCUUCAGGUGGCAUUUCUGCGAUAAGGAAGAAGACACUGAUCCUGCCCUUGGCCACAGUUCUUCUCCCUCGAGGGAGAAAUGCACUUAACCGCUCACUUUAUCAGGUGAGACUCAGACCCCGAAGUCGAAUUCUAGAAGGGCUGGCCUGAGUGCCUACGGCCGAAACAGGCCUCCUUUAUCCCACAACCCCUUUUCAAUCACCUAGGAUAUGUCUGGCACAGUUCUAGCUCCUGGGGAUGCAGCAGUGAAUAGAAUCAAAGUCCAGGUCCUGGAAGAGCUUUGGUGCGAGUGGGGGAAUCACACAGCUAGUAAACAGCAUUGCACCUGGGUCUCCUGUUCUGUUUACCCCCGACGGCCAUACAGACAGUCUUGGAUUUGAUCUCUGUGGUGGGGGGAGUGUAAGACGAAAGCGAUAAGAGGGAGUUCCUGUUGUGGCUCAGUGGUAAUGAAUCUGACUAGUAUC